UGAGAUUUUCUAAAUUUGUCUUAUGAAAUCAUAAAAUCUCAAAUAAGGAAAAGAUCAAAUUGUUUCCCUACAAAAAAAUCAUAAAUAAAACUCCCUAUAAGAAACCGAAAACGUAUUAAAAACUGCGAACUUCUACUGCAACUCUUCUCUGAAAUUGUUGUCAUUUAUUUGCCCAUUAACAUGGAUUAUUGUGUCAUCUGCAACUGUUGCAAAAUACUUCAAUUAUCAUUUCUCUGCAAUAUCUUUAGUGAUUGAAUUCUUACCAUGAUAUUCUCAUUAAUAUGAAGCAAAAAUUGAGCAAAUAUUUACUUGUCUUUUGCAGCGUGCUAACCUCGAAAAAUAAGGCAAAUUAAACUGAGGCGUGCACUGAAGAUAUUGCCACAAAAUAUCGAGAAAAAUUGUCACUCAAUUGUAAAUAGGCAGAUUCAGUGGAAUUCCAUGUGAAAUCAAUUAAUAUCAAUGUUUAUUCUUCCAACGCGAUUGCGCAAGAUGCCGAAAUUUCGAGUGGAGAAAAGAUUUUGUUCCUCCCAAAAAAGCAGGAAAUUAAAAUGCGACAGCAAAUAUUGAAUGUACAGCCAAAAACACUCAUGGGAUUGCAGUGAAAUCAAGAGUUAGGUGUCUAAGGACUCAAAUGCCAUUAGUUCUACAAUCGAAGCAUUCACCAGAUGGCGAAAAUAGAGCUGACAACUUAACACACUUUGGAUAUCAAAUAGUUUCUAAGGAAGAGAAAAACAAGAAAUCUCUUAAAGUGUUUGAGGAUAUUUCCCAGUCCUAUGAUUUUAUGAAUGAUGUGCUAUCAGGGUCUUCAUCGGAUGUGGAGAAAUAUCUUUGUUGAAGAACUUGGACCAAAACCUGGUUCAAAGCUCCUGGACAUGGCUGGAGGUACGGGAGAGAUUGCCGUCAGACUCCUGAACUACCUCUCCAAUACUCAGUCAGUGAACAAAAAGCAAACUCAUCUUACAAUUAGUGACAUAAAUCAACAUAUGCUCAAUGCGGGGAAAGCGAAAAUAGAAAGGUUACCUUACAGGGACAAAGCUAAUUGUGUGGUAGACUGGGUGUGUGCAGACGCUGAGAAUCUUCAAUUUGAGGACAAUACCUUUACAGCUUACACAAUGGGCUUUGGGAUAAAAUACUGCUCUCACAUCGAUAAAGUUCUAAGUGAGGCUUAUCGUGUUCUGGCUCCGGGAGGAAGAUUUCUAUGCCUGGAAUUCAGUCAUCUGACCAAUGAAACUCUUCAGAAAAUCUUCAACACGCUUUCCUUAACAGUAAUUCCCGCAAUGGGACAACUCCUAACCGGGCAGACGGAUAUAUAUAAGUAUCUGGUAGAGAGUAUUCAACUUUUUCCGCAUAAGGAUGAAUUUGUGAGGAUGAUUCGUUCUGCUGGCUUCAGUCACGUUACUUACCGUGAUCUCUCUCUUGGGCUGAUCUCAAUACAUUCGGGUUUCAAGUUAAAGUGAAAGACCACUAAACUUCUAAUCUUCUAUAUACAAAUUGAUUUUUCUCGAUAAUCCAUAUAACCCAGUGUUUUUUUUA